AUGUCAAUUCGCUCCCUUUACACAUCAUCCCGUGCACCUCACAAUUCCCACCACCCACCCCCAGUGACCUCAUCCGCAUCCACGGGCGCGCAUCGCGUCUGGCACCCCCAGACAUCCAUAUCGCGACAGUACCUAACUGCGGCCCACGGCAUCUUCCGCCCGGGCCACCUGAACCCGACCAAACCGGGCCCCUCCAAAAUCCUCGGGGGCCUACCCCUGUCCUCGAAGAAAGGUCCCCUCCUGCAGGUCUCUUCAAAAUGCGGAUACGUUUGCCCUUUGCAGGUACGUCAAGAGUCUCGACCACGGUCAACCAUGGUUCUGGAUCUUCAUCGAUUCCUUGCAGAGCCGAGUGGACAAUGUAGCUUCAUCUCUCAGCUUCAGCUUCUGCCUAAGCCCCAGCCCAAGCUUAAGCUCAACUCCAUCUCCAUUCGAGCUCAAACUUCAGCUCAAGCUCGCAAACGCAAGUACGCAAAACCCAAGCUAACACUCCCCUCCUCCUCCUCAGGCGUCUUCUUCGCCCUCCUCCUCGUCGCGGGCUACGCAGGCCUAACAACCCUCCAACUCGGCCAAUACGUAAACGACAAGGUCCUCCACUUCACAACCUUCUUCCUCCUCACCAUCGUCUUCUACUGGAUCCUCGACACCAACCGCCGCCGCACCCUCAACCUCACCCUCACCGUCUGCACCUUCAUCCUCGGCGUCGGCUCCGAGUUCCUCCAGGGCUUCCUCCCCAACGGCCGCGAGUUCGACUUCUACGACAUCGUCGCCAACGUCGUCGGCUCGCUCGCGGGCAUCGGCCUGUGCUCGUGGUACCACAAGCGCAUGCUCGAGCGCAAGCGCCGCACCAAGACGUACCAGGCUGUCCCCGGGGAGGACGAGGAGGAUGUAGAGCUUGGCGAGGGGCAUGAGACUGGUGUUGUUGAGGCUAGUGGUGCGAGGGAUGGGGGUGCUGGCGUUGGUGUUGGUGCUAGCAGUGGAGGCAGGUCCCUUGAGGAGGAAGUGGACAAUUGGGAUGAGAACCAGGUGGAUGACUGGGAAGAGGAAGAUGGCGAUGGUGAUAUCGGCGGAGUCAAGAGCAAGGAUAUGGAUACGGGAGAUAUUGGCGACUCCAAGAAGCGGGCUGAUUAA